AAAAAAAAAAUAAAGAGAGAAAAAAAUGGGAGGAAAGGGUGCGAUGAUGGUGGCUAUACUUUGCCUUUGGGCACUCUCUGCAACAACAGAAGCAGUUGUAACAGAGGAUGAGCCAGGCUUGAUGAUGAACUUCUACAGUGACACGUGUCCUCAGGCUGAAGACAUCAUCCGUGAACAAGUCAAACUCCUUUACAAACGCCACAAGAACACCGCUUUCUCUUGGCUCCGUAACAUCUUCCACGACUGUGCCGUCGAGUCAUGCGAUGCAUCGCUUUUGCUGGAUUCGACAAGGAGAGAGCUAGGAGAGAAAGAGCACGACAGGAGCUUCGGUCUGAGAAACUUUAGAUACAUAGAGGAGAUUAAAGAAGCUCUCGAGAGGGAGUGCCCUGGUGUUGUCUCAUGUUCCGACAUCCUCGUCUUGUCCGCAAGAGAAGGCAUCGAAGCAGUGGGAGGACCACAUAUUCCAUUGAAGACAGGAAGGAGAGAUGGACGUAAAAGCAGGACUGAUAUGCUUGAGUCUUAUCUUCCCGACCACAACGAGAGUAUGUCCGUUGUUCUUGAGAAGUUCAAGUCCAUCGGUAUCGACACUCCCGGCCUUGUCGCCCUCCUCGGAUCACACAGCGUGGGAAGAACUCACUGUGUGAAGCUUGUGCACCGUUUGUACCCUGAAGUGGACCCAUCCUUGAACCCGGACCACGUCCCUCACAUGCUACACAAGUGUCCCGACUCGAUCCCUGACCCAAAGGCGGUCCAGUAUGUGCGUAAUGACCGUGGUACACCAAUGGUACUAGACAACAACUACUACCGUAACAUUCUAGACAACAAGGGUUUGCUCCUUGUGGACCACCAGCUCGCACACGACAAGCGAACCAGACCAAUUGUUAAGAAGAUGGCUAAGGACCAGGCUUACUUCUUCAAGGAGUUCACUAGAGCCAUCCAGAUCUUGUCUGAGAACAACCCUUUGACGGGUUCCAAGGGUGAGAUCAGGAAGCAGUGCAAUCUCGCAAACAAGCUUCACUGAGAUUGCAAAGAGUGAGAAGAGAGAGAGAGAGCGUCUUUGUGUUUGGGGGUUCUCUCUGCACUUUCUUGGCAUCGAGUCAAGAUGAAUAAAAAUAUAUAUUUUAAGAAGUUGAAAUGAAAUGAAAUGAAGGGGUGAUGAUGAUGAUGUAUGAUGCAUCAUAGUGGUGACCACAUAUGCACUCCUCUUUUGUCUGUGUUGUUUUAGCCUUAAUGCUUUAAUUAUGGUGGUAGUGGUAUUUGAGUUAAUUAAUCUGAAUGUUGUUUCUUUGUUGAUGUUGGCUUUGUGGUGGGGUUGAUGAUCGAAUGGAUGUAUGAUAUGAUGGACUGUGUGUGAUGUAAUAUUAAGCAAAUGGUGAAAUCGUACCUU